AUGGAAGAUGACAGCAAACCUCAGCUGAGCUGCUGGGCUCAUCUGCCUGAUGUCUGUCUGAGGCGCAUCUUCCAUUGGUUAGAUGACAGUGACAGAUCUCGGGCUGCCUUGGUCUGUAUAAAGUGGAGUAAAGUCAUGUGCUCUGGCUCUCUGUGGAGAAGCAGAACCAUCACAUUCUAUGGCCGGCCAUCAAAGGCACGCACAUUGGAGUUUCAGAGUGCACUGCGGUACGUCAAGAAAUUUGGCAAGUAUUUGGAGCACCUUGAGAUCAAGUUAUCAAAUACUUGCGAUGCUGCCUUUACCCAGAGAUUUCAAGUGACUAUGGAAGAGCUUCUUUCACAUCUGGGUAACAGUCGCCUACUAUCCCUGAGCAUCGAGUACCUGGAAUUAGACUGCUCGCUCUGGCAAGGUGUGGUCAAGGCUCAGUUUAUCAAGAACUUGGCUACCUUCUUGAAAAGAAUGAGCAAACACCUUGAUUAUCUCAACUUAAAAGGGGCAAGGGUAACCUUGGAAGAAGGCUGUGAGCUUCUGAAUUCUCUGAGCUGCCUGAAAAAUAAAAGCUUUAUAUCUAAAAUCAAUAUUGAGGAUUUCUUCAGUUUCCACCUUCCUCUCUACAGCAGCACCUUGUUCCACCAAACGAUGUCCAAGUUCCACAGCCUGGUCAUCCUGACUUUCAAUUAUCACUGCAUCUCUGAUGAACUGUUGGACGUCCUGCAGGAGCACAGUGCUCAUUCCCUGCACACCUUGAAUAUCAAAUGUCAUAUCCAUGACCUUCAUGGGCAAGUGGUCUCGGGAAUGUCAUGGGCAAACUUGGCCAAGAAGGCCCCAAAACUGAAUGUGAACUUCUUCUUUGAAAGAGUCAUGAAGCAUGAUCACCUAGCCAGAAUCCUGCUCAUGGGGAUCCCAGUCAGGAGCAUCAGUCUACGGAGCUGCAAUUUCAGUGACCCAGACUGGACAAUGAGACCUACCCUCACUAACCUCCUCCCAGCCUACUGGCAUAUUCUGCAGCAAUUAACACUUGAAAUAAACAAUGACUAUGAGCUGCUGGAUGAUGAGUUGCUACAGCUCAUCUUAUCAUGCAAGAGGUUGCUAUUUCUGAAAGUCUGGGCAUUUCUAAGUGUCGCCUUUAUAGAGCGGCUACUAAAAAACCGCACAGAAAGAAAAUGCAUUUUGACUACCAUAGAGGUCAGGAUUUACACAAACCAAGAAGACACCAGUAAGGAGGAUCAACUGUUGUAUGGUAUUUACAGGAAGUUCAAAGACCUGAUUGACUCAGAGAUUAAUUAUUUUGUCAUCACCUACCCAAUGGACUAA